UUGACACGAACAGGCACCACAGAGGAAGAAGCAAACUGAGAGGCAGCAGGACUGGAGCAAACCCAGCAGUCUCAGCCUCAUGCUUCAUCCUGGGCACUUCUCCUCCUCCUGUCCGCUGUCGACAAUAUUGUGACAAUAUUUAUUUUUUAUUUUCGGCAUUUAUUUAGCAAAAAAACCAAAACAAUAUAACAAAAAGGAGAGGAGGGGGAGAAGGGGGCCGAGUCAUGGAGCUUUAUUGCCUGGAGUCGGACAUAGCCGUGAAAGCCCAGCCUGACCCAAACAUCCUGUAUGAUGACAGAGUGUUGCAAAGUUUAUUAACAAUUGAGGACAGGUUUUUACCUCAAUGCUCAUAUUUCCAGCGGGUCCAGAAGGAUAUUCAGCCUUAUAUGAGACGAAUGGUUGCAGGUUGGAUGCACGAGGUGUGUGAGGAGGAGAAGAGUAAUGAAGACGUCUUCCCUUUAGCCAUUAAUUAUUUGGACAGAUUUUUAGCGGUGGUGCCCACAAGAAAGAGUUAUUUGCAGCUUUUGGGAGCUGUGUGUGUUUUCCUGGCCUCCAAGUUAAAGGACUGCAGGUCGUUAUCAGCAGAAAAACUUUGCAUGUACACAGACAACUCCAUCACACCACAGGAACUGCUGGACUGGGAACUGGUCGUGCUGGGGAAGUUGAAGUGGAACAUGGCCUCAAUCAUCCCCAAUGAUUUUAUAGAGCACAUCAUACGCAGGCUGCCCCUUCCCAAAGACAAGCUGGCGAUGGUCCGCAAACACACGCAGACAUUCAUUGCCCUCUGUGCCACAGAUGAUCGCCUUGCCAUGAACCCUCCUUCCAUGAUCGCCACGGGCAGCAUGGGAGCUGCAGUCUGCGGCCUGCAGCUGGACCACACUGACCAGAGGCUGAGUCGAGACAACCUGACAGACCUGCUGGCCAAGAUCACCAACACAGAGGUGGAUUGUUUGAGGGCGUGUCAGGAGCAAAUAGAGCGUGUGCUGGCCACCAGCCUGCAGCAGGACCAGCAGUACCGGCAGGAGACCGGAGUCAGAGCAGGCAACAAGGCGAGGGAGCAGCAAGACCAGUCCAGCACCCCCACAGAUGUACGGGAUGUCAACUUAUGAAACCCCAUCACCUCCCGACACACACCACUCAUGCCUGUCUACCAAUGAACUAACGGGAGCGAGGGGACAUGAGCUGCCAGUAUCUAUGUCAGGUCUCUACAUGAGCGAUGGUGUGACAAUCUAUGAACUUUUAGAAAAUAAGGAAUUUCUAGUUUUUCUCUUUUUUGCCCCAUUCAUACCCGGUUCGGUGUACUUUCACCUUUUGUACGGGCCACAUGUAAUCGAACAAGCUAUUUAAAAAACGGUAAAUUCUUGAAAACUUGAUAGUGCCUUAAGUUUCCCUGAAUGGAAACCUGAAUAUAUUUUCAUACUUGAAAAAAAAAAACAGCAUAAUUAUAUGAAAUAGACAUAUUUCUUUUGAUAAAACAUAGCAAAAAUAAAUAUGAUAAUGUAUAUUUAGCUAGCAUUUAGUUAUGUUACUCUUAUAUCAUCUUUAGCGAGUUAGUUAUCAACUCACAGUUUUACUGGGUUUUCCUCACCUGUGAUUCAUACACAGAUGUGCAGGAAAAUUCCUAUAGUAAUGAUUGAAAUGCUGAUAAUACAGUACAUGGCAUUUAAACCAAGCUGAUAACCAGCCAGAGGAGCGGUACUGUAGCUAGCUGCUCUCUCUAUCUAUCAUACUGUGCACCUGUAGCACUGCUUACUAUUUAUGCCAAAAAGUGCUGGCCAGGAGUGGGCUGGGCCUGCUCACAGAGGAAGGACAUGAGGGGCUUUGAGGUCUGGAGCAGUGGCUACUGUUAAAGGUUAACACAGAGGACUGUUAUUAAGGUCUUGAUUUCACUGCCAAAUCCACAGACCAGUACAGUAUGUUAAUAGAACGAUAUGUACAUGUAUUAUAAUUCACAGAGGCUACAUUAUUAUUGUUCUGUUCUUGGUCUGGCUCCUACAUGUUAGAGAGCAAUUAAGACUGUUUAGUAGCUGGUUUGUGGGGGAUUUUUAACCUCAGCUAUGUAGUAGUGAUGUCAUGUUAUUAGAAGAAAAAGGAGAUUUGGCAAGUUUUUACUAGGUUUGAGAGGAAACGAAUGCAGGUUGAAAGGUUUCUUGUGAGGUUUUUUGAAAAAGAGAUGUAUGCGGAAAGUGUGGGAAAUGGUAGAUGUCUGUAUUGAUGGAUGAUAGCGAAACGGUGAGGACGUUAACCUAAGCUAUGUAAUGUUUCUGCAGUUGCCAUGAUACUUGAGUGACACACAGGAGGAGAAAGAAUCACUGGUGAUGUCCGGGGGAUCAGUUUAGUUGUGCUGCAGUUUCUCCUGUUAUCAGUUUUUACCAUUAACUUUUUAGAGAGUUGGGCGACUUCGAACAAUAUUGAUGCACUUUUAAAAACACACUCCUUAAGAAUGGUAAGGGGAUGAUGGUUGAGGAGAGUUCAGUGGGGUGUUAGGGUCAUUUUUUUUCUUUCAAUUUUUCUUUAAGUUAUUUGAUUUUUUUCUGGGCUGGAUUCCCACGGGGUAAAGCACGUUGUCUUGAAAGCUACGCCCCGACAGGUGAGUAGACGUAGGAUAAUCGGUGUUAUAGUAUAAUAGUAUAUAAACUAAGGAAAGCCAAGUCACUUGUAGACUUAGAUUUUUUUGUUUUUGAUUCAUUGUGAUUAUUUAACCGUACUUGAAUUUUUGCUAAUUCAUAGCCAAAACCUUCCAAUAGUUCUUUCAAAGAGUUACAAACAUACUGUGUCCUAAAUAUUCUUGUUCAUGUUUUGCUCUUUUUAUGUAAACUGCUCUCUGAACUCUCAUUUUGUGAGUUUUCUCCACUAUAGACAUGGGUAGGUAGGGGUUUACAUGGUGUGAAAGACUGUAUAUAACCCAUUUCUCCAUGAGCAGAAAUGCUAGAAAUCCUCAAUACAUUUUAGAACAGAAAUGUAGUUUCUAAAUUGUAUUCAUGCAUGUUCUGUUGUGCAAAAAGCCAAAUGCCCCCCCCCCCAAAAAAGUGCUUUAAACUGAAAAACUGUUUAUGCUUUUAAAGGUUUUGUGUGUAAUUUGAAAGAGAUCAUUCCAAAGUGAGAAAACUAGAUUAUACACAUCAUUCUCUUGCUGCUAUGAAGCUUUUCUUUUCUAGUCUUACACAAAGAUGCCUUAUUGUGAUGCACUUGUGUGCUGCUAUAUUAUGAAAUGUUGUAUAUGUAACAAGUCUUUGCUUUUCUGUUGUAUGUGUACUGGAGGGAACGUAACACAGUUUUGUGCGGGACUGGAAGUACUUGUUUUUGCCGAUCUUUUUGAUUAGCACGUUUUAUUCUUUUAUUGUUUCAUUUGUACCUUUUUAUAUUCUAUCAUAUUCUUGCUGCUUCUUUGUAAUGUUUGUGUACCUCAGGUUAAUUUGGACAGAUAGAGCGAGAGCCCAUCUCGCAUUACCUCAUCAAACUUCACAUCACACACGUCGUUUUCACUCUGAAUUUGUUGGACGGGUUUCAGUUUUUUUCUGUCUGGGUGAAAGGAGGGAUGGUGCUUCUUCUCUUUAAAUCAAGAUAUGUCUGCCACCAGAUUCCACAGAUUUCAAGUGCCUAUACUUUAAAAUAGGUUAUUUCAUAUAUCUCAGUCAAAAAAAACCCAGCCUUUGCUGUGUGUUAUAAAUGUAUCAGAAAGACAAAAAAAAAGUUAUUUCUUUCUACUUGGAGUUUUAUUGGCAUGUUUUGAUCAGUUCAUUGGAAUUAAGUGGAAUAUUGUUUAUUUUUGAGGUACCCAUUUUGUCGAAGUUUAAACCACAAGAAUGUUGUAUCAUUGUUCAGUGUGGUUGUUAUUUCAAACUCCUCUCCCACUAUCCCCAUGUGCAACCACACAGUGUACCUCAAUAAUUUCUCCUCAAUAAAUUGGCUAAAAUCA